AUGACCAUCCUUUCCAGGCAUGAUCGAGCCUUAUUCGAAACAACGAAGCGUGUUAUUGCCGAGAUUGUCAACGAAGGGCUAGCUUAUGCAACACUAGAGCUCAGUGCGCCUGGAGAGCUACAAAUACUUUGUCUACGGAGUAUACUCAACCCUCAAUAUGGAAACUUGGUCAAUGUGGCAAUCAAAGCCGGCACUAUCGUUGAGAUGAGAGAUGAUCGAGUGGUGUCCAUCAUACGGCCAGACAGCAUACAGUCGCCUGUGAUUAUCGCAGGUACUGGUAAAGGAGAGUUAGACCCAGGAACAAUUUUUAAGCUCCUGAGUACUUCAUUCGGAGAUGUCAUCAGUGAGGCAGUACUAGAAGAGAUCGUUCAGGAAUUGCGCAAUUCAGCCGCCAAUCAAGAUAAAUGGCUCGAGAUUGGCCACGGCCAGCCAUUGCUAAGCCUCGAGCAUCAGUCUGCUCACUGGGAAAGAACAUUGAUCUACGGCCAUCCCAGCCAUCCUUACCAUAAACUAUGCUAUGCCCAAGCGCCACUGAGACAAGUCACUCCUGAUGAUAUCCCCCUGAUGCUCAAGCCAGCUUUAGCUUUUAUUUCUGUGCCCCGAGCCGAUCUUCGUAUCACAGGUCCCUUUGAACAAGAACUGCAACCACUUAUAGAGAGACUUGAGAUUCCAAAAACAGACAGUGACCGAGUGAUCGUCCCUUGCCUUGCUCAGCAGCUACCAUCUAUCCUGGAGAAAUUCCCAGAGACAGUUGUUCUAACUUUUAUCACUGAUUGUGCCGAUGCCCAGGCCUCAAUACGUACUCUCACCAUGCGAUCAGAGCUGAAUUUCAAGUAUCACUUGAAGCUCUCAUUAGCUUGCCAGAUAACUUCCGCACUGCGGACUAUCACGCCUUGGUCAACUUCCAGCGGCCCUAUUAUAACAGAGCUCUUGGAGAAGUUACUUCCAAAUGACCUUUGGGUUUUCGGAGAGGUAGCAGCUGUAUCAGGCAGUCAAGAAAACUUCAACGACGCGCGCCACCUUUCUUGUAUCUUGCGAGAUAGUCUGGAGUCCAGAGCUGAGGCAAAUGAUGAAACUCUCAUCAUUGCUGCAGGGUUGGCCCAGAAACCUAGCGGAGACAGUCGUACUUAUGCAGAGAUUCUAUACGGUCUAGAAACAAUCUCCCAGAAAAAAGAAUGGGUUCAGAGAUACAUUACCGUUCUAUUUGAGCUUGUGCUUCCCCCGCUGGCUCAGUAUGGAAUUGGAUUGGAGGGCCAUGGGCAGAAUCUUGUUGCCCGUAUUUGCCGUCAGACAGGUCAAAUUAAGGGAUUUGCCGUGCGCGAUUUCGGAGGUGUGAGAAUGCAUGUUCCGACAUUGCGAAAUCAUGGAUUGAAAACCGAUUCAGUGCCACCCGGAGCAGCCACCUUAACUGAGAAUCUACAGAAUGUGUGGAGCAAGGUACAUCAUUCGCUUCUGCAGAAUCACGUCGGACUACUACUUGUGGCAUUGGAAUUGGAUGACCAUGGUGGAUGGGCAAUUACUCAUGAGAUCCUAUCGACGGUUUUAGGGUCUGACGAGGGCUCACCGGGGAAAGCCUUAUUUGAUUACUUCACUAAGGACACAAUGCCCUUCAAGUGCUUUUUGCGAAUGAGAAUGGAAAGUAAAUAUCGUGAUUACAUUGAGAGGGAGGUUCCUAAUGUACUUCUCAAAGGUUCUCCACGAUGGGAGUCUCUCUUGGACACAUAUAAGCCAUCAUUCCAUGCCACUUAG